AUAGCAAACAAGAUGAUUCAGUCACUAAUCAGCACUCUGAUGGCUCUGCUAGCUUCCAUUUUGUCUGGCAUAAUGCUAAGGAUCGACCCAAGUAGGGCUCCAUCUACAGAGGAUUUUGAGAAAUUUGUCAAAGUGCUCUUCUCACACGAAAUCGCUCAUCGUGGUGGAUCUCAUGAUGCACCUGAAAACACGAUUUGUGCUUUUCAAAAGGCUGUACAGCAUGGUUACAAAGCUAUUGAACUUGACAUCCAGUUUACAUCUGAUGGGGAAGCUGUUGUUAUACACGAUGAAAGCCUUGAUCGAACUACCAACGGGAAGGGAGAAGUAUCAGAUAGCACUCUAGAGGAGGUGAAAUCACUCUCUGCUAACAAUAAUUUCUCUGAUGUUGGGGAUUGCAAAGUUCCUACUCUGGAUGAAGCUAUAGAGUUUGCUAUAGCAAACAACCUCAUCUUACUCUUUGAUGUGAAAGGUGGAGUGCACUGUAGUAAGUUUACAAAGACCCUUACUCGCAUCCUAAAGAAAUAUCCUCAAUUCUCCAAUAACUUCGCUGUCAUCUCCUUCUUCCCUGACAUCCUGUACCAAGUCCGUCAAACCCACCCCACCGUCAUCACCGGCUUUACUCGCAGCCACGACGACAUCCAGGACAAAGUAACAAAAGCCGGCUUCAAAUCUCCCGCCCUGCAACCCCUCCUACUUCUCGCUGACAGGGUCUUCGACUUUGUCAUGUUCUACUACUUCGUACCCUGGAUGAAGAUAAACAUGUUGGAGAUCAGGAAGAAUGAUGUCAGUGAGCAGUAUGUGCAGAGUGUGGCUCCUCUUCCUGUACUCACCUGGACUGUUAACGACCCUGCUGAGAAGAAGUUCUUCAAACGUAUCGGCUGCUCUGUCAUGACUGAUGUGGUUUCAGAUGCCUUGCCUGUUGUCUUGAGUUAGGUUUACUGAUCUGAUAGGGACUGUGAAAUGUAGGCUAUCCCAAUUUAGGGGGUUUGAAAUGUAGGCUAUCCUAAUUUAGUCAAGUCAGGUGAUAUUUUAAUUUGUAGGUAUUUUUGUAAGAAUCUUUUUGAGCUGUUAUGCAAUGGAUUUUAUAAUGUGCUAUUGCUCUAGCUCUGUAUGUAGCGGGUGUUUUAGCUUUAUUUGUAUCCUUUACUGUAAAACUUUAAACUGUUUUGUAGGUGAAGACUGAAGAUAGACUCUUGUACGUAACCAAAUGUGUAGAUAUAUACUUAUCCACGCAGCACUCCGGGAUGUAUAAAAUAUUGAAUAUCCACACAAUCCACAAUGGCUUUAGCCCGCAGGUUACAGCACGUAGGUCCCGCAGGGCCCCGAGUAGCUGUAUGUUUUAUACGUCCCGUCGUGCGAGGAGGAGAAGGUGUAUAUCCACGGGGGCUUUUAUUUAGCAAUAUUAUUUAAUUUCCGGUGAGGCGUAAUCUUAUCUGCAGCCUUCCUGCUGAAUUUCUUACGCUGUCACGUGAUUAUGUUUUUGUUGUCACGUGAUGGUUUUGAAGACGCGUGCACGUGCCAGUUAUAUACUUACAGUUGUGAAUCUACAUUGUACAAUCCACAAAUUAUCCAUCUACUUAUCAAGAGGUAGCAUAUGAUUUAUAUAUAGCACGUAAUUGUUAAACAUUGGCCGGCCCGGAGGUAUGAUAUGUGAUGUAACGAGAAAAAUUAUGCGUUACAGCGCGGGAGAUUAUAGGAGGGAGGUUAUUAUGAUUUCACAAAGCGUUGAAUCGAAAUGUAUUGUGCGAUAGAUUCAAUCGCUUGGGAUAUGUAUUUUCAAUCAUCUUCAAGUGUAUUGCUAUAUAUAGAAAUUAGAAUGAUGCAUGUGAAGCGACAGAAUUUACUUUUAACGGACAUUUACAUUCAGUUUAUUAAUUAAAGUAUCACAAAUGUAUAGCAUAUCAGUUUUAGACUAACGAACUUUCUCUUUUGAUUAGCGUCUUAUCACAUUUGCCGUCUGGUUGACCACCGUUCUGUAAUAUUAAGGGGCAGUAAAACUAGCGGCCUGAGAUGAAUGGGAACUAACCACCCCAUGGCUGAUAGCAACAAUUUAAAGUUUAUCGACUCUGUUACAUCGUGCUAUAUUGUAGCCACCAGAUGGUGAGAAUAGCCACAGCCUACAUGCAAUGUCCGUUGUCACCCACAUUAAAUGUCAGCCUAUUCCAAGUUUAUAUAAAUUAUAUCACGCCAUAGUUAUACCAACUCACCGCCCAAUUAUACAUUGUGAAAUGUAAUACUUACUCUUACACUCUAGGAGGUUACGGGUUACUUAACACACAGUUCCUUUAGCUUAACAAUACCACGAUGUGUGUCAUCGUACAUACUGAUGUGUAUUCUGUACACUGCAAGCCAUAGAUUUAGGAAUAAGGAUGGGCGUAUACAGUAGCUGAGAGAUAUUUACAAUAAGUGUAUAAUUGUAUUGUGUUGGUGACCUGUAGGUGACGGAGUGUAAUUGCAGCCAAUUAGUGUCCGUUAGUGUGAGCUACGUACACAUGUGAGAGAGAUUUUACUGAAUCAUGUUAUGUGGAUUGUGGUUGAAGCAGAGAUAUUAUCUAUUUCCCCACCCCGAAUAGAGAAUAUAUCCGUUAGCUAUUGGUAGAUGUAACCGAGAAUAUCUCCCGCAUCGCUCUUUUGAGGAGAACAUCAUUUUUUGUUGAAUGUAAACUUCUAUGAUCAGGGAUUUUAAGCUAUUUAUGACUGUUAUUUUUAUACCGUAAAAUGCUUGUUACUGUUAGUUGAUUUGAUGUGUUUCAUUAAAUUAUUUUGUGUUCAAAGUUUCUGAUGCUGUCUAACUAGACUCGAGUAAGGACAACAUUUUAUAUCAAAUUUUAAUUCUGUUCCUAUUCGAGUAGCAAUGUUUAACGCAAGCCUAUUAUAAGUUAUAUAUCAUAUUGUUCGCAGCAUGAAGCGUAUAUGUAUUUUAUUAGGUUAAAUAACAAAGAUUUCAUUUAAUUAUGUGGUCGAAUCAAAGAUUUUAUCUAUUAAGCUAUCAAAAAGGAGUUCACUAUAUUUUACAUAACCAAACGAUGAGAAUUCGGGUUUCUCACUCGUUCAAAAAUGAUAACUUUCACGUCUGAUGACUGAUAGUAUUUCGUAAACGGCUUUUUAAAAUAUAUCAUUUAUUUUAUUCACUGUGUUUUACAAAAUUUCAGUA